AAGGUCCACAACCUUGGCAAUUCACAGUAAAGAAACAGAAACAGCUUCUUGGCUUGGUUUCCUGGUGCUGAAGCCUAACGGAAGUUCCUAAUUGCCACCUCAUCCCUUCCAUGUGUAUAUAUAUUUUCAAAUCCUUCACAAAUCUACUCUUCAAAGUUCAAACCCAAUUCUGAAUUAUUUUUUGUUUUUAUUUUUAAUUUUCCUAAGAAGAAAAAUGAAAUUAGGAAUAGGAAUCUUACAAAAUUACGUUUAAACAACGAAGCAGUAAGGAAGCAGGACGUGGGAAGCGGAAAAGAAAAAGAAUCAAAGAGAGCAAUUAUUUGAGCUGAUUUAUCUGGAAGUGUCGAGUUCGUCUUUUCAAGUUUCCGUGAAUUCGGUGGUUAUCAUUGACGAAUUUAGGGAAAGUUAAGAAUUUUGAUUAGAGUGAGGGAGUAAAGAGAGCCGUUGUUUUUGUUUCAGCAAAACAUUUAUUUGAAUCCAAGAAGCUCAUGCUGUUGGAUCUGCUCGAUUGAAAUUCUUGAUUUUGGUGGAUAGGGUGUGGGUUGUCUGCUGAUUGAGGCAGACUUGGGUGAAUGUGUGAAGAAUUGGGAUUCUUUCAAGUUAGAGAUGUCACACGUCGUGGAGAGGUUUUUAUCUGCAGUUGCUGCCUCCGUGGAAAAUCAGGCGGCGGGAGAGUCGGUCAUCGGCACCAUCAAAAUUGCGGUUCUGCCCAUAGCAAAAGUUUUUACAAUGUGCUUCUUGGGAUUUCUUAUGGCCUCCAAAUAUGUUAACAUUUUACCUGCAAGUGGAAGAAAGCUCCUUAAUGGGUUGGUUUUUUCUCUUUUGCUUCCUUGUUUGAUAUUCUCUCAACUUGGUCAAGCUGUUACAAUGAAGAAGAUGUUGGAGUGGUGGUUUAUCCCCAUAAAUGUUGUUCUAGCAGCUAUAUCAGGCUCACUAAUAGGUUUUAUUGUUGCAUAUAUUGUUCGCCCCCCAUAUCCAUUUUUCAAGUUCACCGUUAUACAAAUUGGAAUCGGGAACAUCGGGAAUGUGCCGCUUGUCCUAAUUUCAGCUUUAUGCAGAGAUAAAUCCAAUCCUUUCGGUGACUCGGACAAAUGUAGCACAGAUGGGACUGCAUAUAUCUCAUUUGGCCAGUGGGUUGGCGCAAUCAUCUUAUACACAUAUGUAUUUCAUAUGUUGGCACCUCCUCCUGAGGGCACGUUUGAUAUUGAGGAUGGAAAUCUUCCGCUUAAGAGCCCUGCAAAAGAUGCCCCUCCAAAAGAUGCUGCACCAGAGCAAGUGCCCCUGCUUACCCAGGAGGAUGAUAAACCAAUAGAUUCAAAUGCUCCAAAGCAAGGAAAGAUUAGACGAUUUCUAGUUUUUUUAUAUGAGAAGUUGAAGCUCAAGCAAAUCGUUCAACCCCCUAUUAUUGCUUCUAUCCUAGCCAUGUUCCUUGGUGCAGUGCCAUUUUUCAAGCAGUUGAUCUUUACAACUGAUGCUCCACUAUACUUUUUUACUGACAGCUGCAAUAUUCUUGGGGAGGCCAUGAUUCCGUGCAUUUUGUUGGCUUUGGGAGGCAACCUUGUUGAUGGACCAGGAAGUUCUAAACUUGGUUUACGGACGACUGCUGCUAUCAUUUUUGCUCGGUUAGUUUUGGUGCCUCCUGUUGGACUUGGCAUUGUUAUGUCGGCUGAUAAGCUUGGCUUUCUUCCUGCUGGCGAUAAGAUGUUCCGGUUUGUCCUUCUUCUUCAACAUACAAUGCCUACAUCCGUCCUGUCAGGUGCUGUUGCUAAUCUGAGAGGUUGUGGAAGAGAGGCUGCUGCUGUCCUGUUCUGGGUUCAUAUUUUUGCCGUUUUCUCAAUGGCUGGUUGGAUUAUUCUUUAUAUCAACAUUCUCUUCUGAGUUGCAAACCCGCAGCAAGUUGCUGCUGACGUGUACCUAUCGACUUCAUUGCUAUUUGUUUCACUGUUAGUGUUAAUAGCUAAAAAAGAAAAAUUGGAAUUUCUUGGAAGGAAAGGUUAUUAAUAGCAGUUCUUCAGACAGAUUCUAGAAUCA